AUGCUAUCAGAGCAGGUCGACCCCCUUGGGUCGAUCCUGUGGGUGGGCCCACCACCUAAUGCUUCCGCUGCUGUUCUACUUGUCGCGCGCCUUGGUCGCGCGACGCCGACUUCCUGCCGGGUUUUCAUCCCGCCGUGCGCUCGGGGCGCGCGGCGGUUUUCUGCCCGCCGUGCGCCCCGAGGCGCGCGGCGGUUUCCUACCGUAGAGGACCCCCGCGCGCCCCCGCCCUGUCCGUUGCGGCGCCCUUGGGGACCCGCGCGCAGCCCCCGCUGCCCCUGUCGGCGGUCGCGUCGCCCCGCCAUCCCGUCACGCCGCCCUGGGGAGCCGCGUGCGACCCCUCGCUGCCCCGUCGACGGUCGCGUCGCCCCGCGGGACCCGCGCGCGAUCCCCGUCGACCCUCGCGUUGCCCCCCGGAGACCCGCGAGCCACCCCUGGAGCCGUGCGCGACCCACCCCCUGCCCCGUCGCGGCGCCCUGGGGGGCUGCGCGCGGCCCCUCGCUGCCCCAUGGUGGCGCCCUGGGGGCCGCGCGCCUUCCCCCUCGCCGUCCCCCGCGCUCCUACCCCGUUCCGCCCGUUUUAGGGUUUGGGGGUGGGGAGUGUGGGGGUGGCGGGUGUGGGGGUGCCGGUUGUGUGCCCCGUCCCCUCCUCCUCCUCCUCCGUCUCCCGCUGCUGCAGCUGCCGCUCAGGGGGGUGGGUGUGUGGGGAGCCGACGGAGUGGUACUAGGGGGGUGA